UAGUCCAUCGUCUUUGCCCACAAUUUUGUAGUCAGAAAAUACGCUUUUAACUCGUCGGUUUUGACUUGAUGUGACGUAUGGUAAAAUGGUGGCAUGGUGAUUUGUAAGUGAUCGUAAAAGUUUCGACAAAUGAUAACGCCAGCAGAUAAUUCUCUCGUCAUUUAUUCAACGGGUUUAUUGCCCAUAGGCCACAGAGACACAGCUAUUGUACGCCCUUCGUCAAUUAGAGUUGAUAACGAUUGAGACAGGAUGUUGAUUCUUGAUUAAUUGGACAUCGUUGCAGCUUAGUUAUUUGUUGAGAAAAAUGUCUCACUGCGAAAUCGACGGAGCGUCACCGGGAUUUCAUCAGCUCAGUGUCACCAUUGAAGCUGCAAUACUCCGGAGUUCCUCCUUCCUGAAGCCAAAUCCCUACGUCGAAUUCUCAGUCGACGAUAAGAGUCCCCGUAAAACAGAAGUAUCAAAAGCGACUUAUCAGCCAAAAUGGAACGAAGAAUUUACGAUCCUGGUGACUCCCUACUCGCACCUUCACUUUCGCCUCCUGGACCACAGUACAUUCCGCAAAGACACAACAAUCGGAGAGAAACGAAUAAGUCUCUUUCAGAUCCUGACCCACUACAACGGUAAGCUUGAGAACCUGGAGCUGACCCUUGACCUCAUAAAUGAGAGUAAGCACGACUCACAGCUGAUGAAAGUGGGUGAAUUGGUGACCCUCUUCGAUGGAUUGAAAAUUGACAUGUCAACUAUUGCCCCACCCCAGUGUGAGCAAGCCCACCCCCAGUGCACGACCUCUACACAGAUAGCGACGAACAGCAGCUGCACAAACGACUCCACCAACAGGAGCAUCUUAAAUGGUGGAAUUCGUGCCCUGAUGAGGAGUCAAGCACCCGAGGGCUCGAUAAAUCCCUCAGCUGUGCAGAGGAGCACCUCGACGAUGCUUUACGAUCCCAACUUCAACCCCACUAGCUCGCAGUCAGCUGUUUCAAUCGCAAAUCCCUCGAGUGGUACCAAUGACUCCUCGAGAAUGGGGAUGACAAAUGGAGGCUCGGGGAGCCACGAGCCUGGAAUAGACAGCCCAGUAACCCCCAGACUCGCUGAGAACCUCAUGAGGGAGUUGAACAUGACGAGAUCAGCGUCUGAGAGCACCAGUGUCCCCAGGCUUCACGAGGGUGCAAGGGUGGGAGAGAGUUCUGGAGUUCCCAGGGUAUCGUUGGAGGCCCCCGCAUGGAACGGAGGGGAGGCUAGUGUUCCUGGAAGGGGGACCGAUGGAAGACAGGAGGGAAGAGUGCCCAGGGUGGCCGAGGAGGCUAUUAGGGAGCAGGAGAAUGGACAGGAAGAGCCUCUUCCACCGGGAUGGGACAUGAGAUACGACGUUUAUAGCAGACGAUACUACGUAGACCACAACACGAGAUCCACAUCCUGGGAGAGGCCCCAGCCCCUUCCUCCAGGAUGGGAAGUGCGUCGUGAUCCUCGUGGAAGGAUCUACUACGUCGAUCACAAUACGAGAAGCACAACCUGGCAGAGGCCAAAUACCGAGAGACUCCAGCACUAUCAGCAGUGGCAGGGCGAACGUCAAUUCGUCGUUCAGCAGGGAAAUCAGAGAUUUUUGUAUCCUCAGGCACACGGUGCACAGCCAGUGGUCGCUGGCCCCUCAACAUCAGCAGCUGUCGAGGACGAUGAUGCCUUGGGGCCACUGCCAGCGGGCUGGGAGAGGCGAAAGCAGCCCGAGGGAAGGGUCUACUAUGUCAAUCACAAGAACAGAACUACCCAGUGGGAGGAUCCAAGAACACAGGGCCAGGAGACGGGCAUCGAUGAGCCGCCGUUGCCUGAUGGCUGGGAGAUCAGACUCACCGAGGACGGAGUGAGGUACUUCGUCGAUCACAACACCAGGACAACGACAUUCCAGGAUCCUAGGCCAGGGGCACCAAAGGGGCCCAAGGGUGUGUACAGGGUGCCCAGGGCUUAUGAGAGAAGCUUCCGAUGGAAGCUCUCGCAGUUCAGAUUUCUCUGUCAGACAAAUGCCCUGCCAAAUCACAUUAAAAUCAGUGUCAGCAGGCAGACACUGUUCGAGGACUCGUAUCAUCAGAUUAUGAAUGCUGAGGCGUUCGCCCUGAGGAGACGACUCUACAUCAUCUUCAAGGGAGAGGAGGGACUUGAUUAUGGUGGGGUUUCGAGAGAAUGGUUCUUCUUACUGAGCCAUGAAGUACUCAAUCCGAUGUACUGCCUCUUUGAGUAUGCCAACAAGAGCAAUUACUCGUUACAAAUUAAUCCAGCGUCAUAUGUCAAUCCUGAUCAUCUACAGUAUUUCAAAUUCAUCGGGAGGUUCAUUGCAAUGGCGCUCUAUCAUGGGAGAUUUAUUUACAGUGGUUUUACAAUGCCAUUCUACAAACGCAUGCUGAAUAAAAAAUUAGUUAUGAAGGAUAUCGAGUCCAUUGAUCCGGAAUUUUAUAAGUCACUGGUUUGGAUUAAGGAGAAUAUUAUCGAUGAGUGCGGACUUGAGUUGUAUUACAGUGUGGACUUUGAAAUACUGGGACAGGUCAUUCAUCAUGAGCUGAAGGAGGGCGGUGAUAAGAUUAGAGUUGUUGAGGAAAAUAAAGAAGAAUACAUGAGAUUAAUGACUGAAUGGAGAAUGACAAGAGGCAUUGAAGACCAAACGAAAGCUUUUCUCGAGGGAUUCAACUCUGUCGUACCCCUGGAGUGGCUCAAGUACUUCGAUGAACGUGAACUGGAGCUCAUGCUUUGUGGCAUGCAGGAGAUAGACGUUGAUGAUUGGCAGAGAAAUUCAAUUUACAGGCAUUACACGAGAAAUAGUAAACAAGUUUUAUGGUUCUGGCAGUUUGUAAGGACAACGGACAAUGAGAAGAGGGCACGAUUGCUACAAUUUGUGACUGGAACGUGCCGAGUGCCUGUCGGGGGAUUUGCUGAAUUGAUGGGGAGCAAUGGACCCCAGAGAUUCUGCAUCGAGAAGGUAGGCAAGGACACCUGGUUACCCCGAUCCCACACAUGCUUCAACAGACUGGACCUUCCCCCUUACAAGAGUUAUGACCAAAUGGUGGAAAAAUUAAACUACGCGAUCGAGGAGACCGAGGGUUUCGGUCAGGAAUAGUAUCCUCAUGUCAGCCCUUCGCACUAAUCGAUUAUCUUUCGAUUAUGGUCCAAUUCUCUGACGUCUUAUUUCUAAAAACACAAGUGAUAAUCACGAGAAAUAGAAAUUUUACCAGAUAAUUGUCUGUAGAGUUGUCGAGUAGACAGAUUGAUAAGUGCUAUCUGUAGUGAAGUUGUCGAAAUCUACGAGAUUUGGGAACUUUCAAGAGAAUUUUAAUAAGUGGAAAAUGAAUAAAACGAGACUAAUCGAUUUUUCAAUUUUUUUCAAAACUUCGUCAGAAUGAUAAAUCGACGUUUCGUUUUAUCAAUUGAUCACUUCAUUAGUCGUUAUUUAUAGUAGAAAUUUUUCUUGUAUACUUUUUACACGAUUCAACUCACAUUUAGGGAUUAUUUUGUCUCGAGUUUGAUGGGGAAAAAAUGAGAAUGAGGAAAUGUGAAAAUUAUGAACAUCAUGAAUUCGAUUGAAUUAUUGUAUAUAAUGAAAUUAAUUAUAAAGAAAACUGUGGUAUUUAUAGCGACGUGGACUGGGGGUGGUUCCGUGCUGCUGGAGGACUUCGAUCGACGAAAAGUUAGGAUAAUAAUUACCGUCAGCGUAGAAAAUUUAACAUCAAUUUUUUUUCUAAAAUUUAAACCGAUUAUUUUCUCUUAAAAAAAACCCUUCGUACGCGUGUCACGGGUAUAAUUGAUUAGUCAUCAAUUUAUUAUUAAUUAAAUAAUUAAUUGCUGAAUGAACCGGUCUCAGGAUAAAAGCACGAAAUCAUCGCGUGUCUACGAUCGAAUUAUUUGUAUAUAGUAAUGUUGACGAUAGGUUAUAACGUAUACAACUGUAUAAAUCCACGUAUGAACUCUCGAAAAUCAAGGAUCUAUAUGAAGUGCAUGUGUGAGUGAUUGAUUUAUCUGAUUUAUUAAAAAAUCUAUCUCACACAAGAGAUUCCGGUGGUAAAGUCAUGGAACAGCUCACAUUGAAUGAGAAUUAGAGAGAAAUUUCGAGAAAUUUUUACUGACAAUUUGCUCUCCAGUGAAAAAUGUUUCGACAUUCCUUCAAAUCUCACUGGAUAUCUCGAAAUCUGUGGGGAUAGCGAAAUUUUUGAUAAAAUAUUUUUUGUAGACCAAAUUGAGGGCAACAGAAAAGGUAAUGAGAAUAAUUUUGCUAUCUCCAUUACAUUCAGAGAUAUUCCGCCAACAGCUGUUGAUUACUUCGCUGCUGACUUCAAUUAACACAAAGAAAUCUUCACGUUCAAAUCUUACAAUCGAAUCAGUGUUGAGAAGGGGGAGGGAGAUGAUAAAAAUUGAAGAUGAACGUUAACAACUUUGGAUUUAUUUUUCGAUUGUUUUUCUGAAUAAACGAUAGGCAGCAGAACGUUCCACAUUGUUGAAUGGAAAUUGAAUGUCAAUGGCUUCUGUUCAUCCAAAGACUGCUCAAUUGUUUGUUUGAAACGAAAGGGAUGAUAUGAGAAUCUGCAGGUGUCACUGAUGCCCUAGUGACGAAUUUUUCAUUAAAAGUGCAGUGCCAACGAUAGACGAUUAACACGUGUUUGGAGAUCGAUUAAUUAGUAUUUUAUGGUGAAGUGGAUUAACACAAUUUAUUGGUUACGGAAGUGUCGCUAAAAUGGACGAUUAUCUUGGAAACUAGUCAUUUUAAGAGAAAAUGUCAAGUGAUCUUUCGGAAGGAUAAACUUGACGUUGAAAAAAUGUCAUUUGAUUUUUUUCGUCUAGGACCAGUCGUUAACGAAAUAGAUCAUUAAUGGAGAAUGAGAAACCGAUUGCCACUUCACCAUUUAAUUUUUUGGACACUUUCCUUGUGUUUCUGCAAAUUCUUGGUAGACUGUCUUGCAACAAUCCAUUAAAUAUAUUUGGGCCUGGUUUUACGAUAGUGUCUAAGGUUUAUUAGAACUGUAUAUAUGUUUGUACAGAGUAUAUACAAUGAAUAAAAUUAAUUUAUGGUUGAAAACACCAGAUAA